CUUGUUUAAUUGUAACAAAAAUAAAAAUAUGCCAUCCACUAGCAACACUCUAGAUCGCUUAGCAAAUAUAUCUGAAUGCUCAAUAUCUGGUUUAUUUCAAGAAUUAUGGCAAAAGAAUAACCAUUCAUCCGAACCACUGCAGUUUGGAGAUAUUGAAGGAAGUGAUUUCAAAAGACUCGUUCAUAAACACAAGCACUUACAAGAUAAUGAACAAGAACUAGAAAAUAAGACUAAAUAUCAUCAAUCUUCACCUGAUUUCAGACCCAUUGUCUACCUGGAAAGAAAGCCAAUCUCAUCUCCUCGUCUUGGCAACACAAUAUACAACUUUUUAUUUCAGCAUGAAGAUAGAUAUUUCAAUAAUGAUCGAGAUGAAUUGAGUAAGGAUAUAUUUCCGGUGGGAUAUCAACAAGCUUAGUGGUAUCUGUGUAGUAUAUAAAGAAUGUCUCGUAUAUAACAAAAGCUUCUUCUUUGUAAAUUUACUACAAUAAAAUUUAUUUUUACAUUGAUCUAAUCU